GGGCAAGCUAAUGCCCAAGCCCCGCCCACUCAUUCUCGCUUUGCAGCUGCUGUAACCUGACUACCGUGCAGAAGACCCAGGGCAGUUCAGGGCUGCCAUACAUUGGCUCAAUAGGGCCGGUUGUUCAGCAUUGCGGGCAAUAGCCCCGGUGGUGCUGCCGUGUAUGGGAUCGGAUAUGCUGGCUUCCCAUCUGUAGUUUUGAAAACUCCCGCUUUGCUUUCUUAGCACUUCGCAGUACUUGCCCGUGACGCGCAGGGGGCGGGGCUUGCUGGUGCAAACAGCUGUGCACCGCCGAUCACCAAUGCCUGCUUGCUAGCUUGGAAGUUUCCGACUUCCUUUCCUGAAGCAGAGGCAGUCCCAGAAGUGAUUGUAAAGCCCCUUCCCCCCCGUACAUUGCCUGUGCUACGCACCUCCAGGAUGCUCUGGGCUGCAAAUGGAAAACAUCUGGGUAGCGGCAGCCUCCCAUUGGCUGGAAAACUAGGGGCUGGGCUGGAGCUUUAAACCCGUGACGUCACUGGGCCGAGACCGCACCAAAUUGCGGGUAGCUAGAGGGGGAGACUGAACUGGAGCUGAGGUCGGACAGAGAGAGGAAAGCUGGGGAUGUGCCAGAGAUUGGCUGAAAUGCCGCAAGUCCAGUGCCCAUCCAGCUCCUGGGAAUGAAAUCACAAGAGAGAGAAUGACUUCGGAGGUGGAGGAUGAAAUUCGGCUUCUGACUGGAGGAGUAUCUGAGCCACUUGUCAUUCAGGAUUUGUUGGAGCGAUUGCGGGAACUAGAGGCAGAAAACACUGCACUUGCUCAAGCCAAUGAAACGCAGCGAGAGACCUAUGAGCGCUGUCUGGAUGAGGUUGCAAACCAUGUUGUCCAGGCCCUUCUCAAUCAGAAGGAUCUGCGGGAAGAAUGCAUCAAACUGAAGAAGAGAGUGUUUGACCUUGAGCGCCAAAACAGAACCUUAAAUGACCUCUUUCAUCAGAAGUUGCAGCUCUCCUGUGGCUCAUCUCCCGAGCUCCACCCCCUGCAGGCUCUGUCUGAUUCCCAGCCUGGUGAAUUGGAGAGGCUCUCUGGCUCAUUACCCUUGGGACAAUGUGCUGCACAGAGAGAGGAGAACCAGCGCUCCAGCCGAGCCCAGUCAGCUUGCCGCUCUUUGGAUGCAAUGUCUCCAUUCCUCAGAAAAAAGGCUCAGAUCUUGGAAGUUCUAAGAAGACUGGAAGGAACUGGAUCUCAGUUAGGAUCCUCCUGCACUGCCCCACCAGUUCUGCUUGGUGGUGCAUCACCAGGGGGAAAUGGUCUGCGUUUAGGAUCAGACCCAGGUCUUGAUUACUUGAAUGGUGAAGGACUUACACCUCCAGAACUGGGUGGAGAUGAGCCUUGGGCAUCAUGCCUGUUGUUAGCUCAGAAUGGGUGGGAGGAAUUGCUUAAGUGGAAACCAGUUCAACGAGAACCACCUGCAGGUAGCCCAGGGGAGGGUGGAGGGGAGAGGCUUGGUUUGGCUGCAGGUGAUGAUACACAACAAUUGGCACGACAGGCUGAGGGGAGCUCUUCCUCUUCGGAUGAUGAGAUAGGUGAUCCUCCACCUCUGCCAAGUGAGUUAAGGCAACGGCUGCCACUGACAGACUUGGCUAAAGGCUUGGGGCCUUGCCUCUGCUCGCAUGGAGAUAAAAGAAUGCCUGUUGAGGGCCACUCUGAUGGAACUGGCUUGAGUAGGGGACACAUUGGGCAUCUCCAUUCACUGACAUCCUAUAGUCGAAGUUUGAGGGACAUGGUGGAGAGUCCACAGCUGUCAGGGACUCAACAAAUGGUUACUGAGAGGGGGGAUUCUUUGUCAUGGUCACCAGGAAAACAGGCUAUAUUGGAUGGACUAGUUGAUACCUGUCCUCCUUCUCCUGGGUCUACCAAUGUACAAAGAGACACAAGUGUACUGAAUCUAAAGGACACAUCCCUCGAUUUACCAGAUGAUGAUAUGCAAUCAUCAUCAGGAAGCUCUAACCCAACCUCUGGGGAUCCUCAAGAUACACUCAUCUCUUCCUCCGAGCCUCGGACACCUCACAUUCCAUCUCCAGCAAAAUUUCUCAAGUUCCUUAAACUCCCAGGCUCAGGGGAAAAGUUACAAAGCCCUAAUCCCUUGCGCCUCAGUCCACAACUUACCCAGUCCUCAAAGAUACCUUGUAGAAGCAAUAAUUAUGAAUCAUUUCCCUCUCCUCGUUUAGGAAGGAAGGGAAUAGAGGAUAUACCAGAUCCCAGUACUGAGCAUGAACCAACUUUCCCCUCUGACUUACCACUUUCUGAACCAAACAGGCAAGGCCAGUGUGAGAGGACUUCAAACAGCAUUAUAAACAGGCCAGAAGUGCAGUGUUGCACCAAAAAGUCACAUGAUUAUGAAAAUAUCCCACCUAAAACUUCAGAGCUUCCCACCACAAACCAAAUUAAUGAAUCUUUGGAAGUUUCUUCCCAUUUGUCUGUAGGAGUGUGUACUACUAAUUGUACCCCAGGACUUUGCAUUCACACUCAGGGUAACUGUAAUGAGGAGACUAAGGGUCAUGUAAGCUCCCCCUUUAUUCGAAAACCUGCAGCUUCCAGAAAACCUCCAGAGACACCUGGACAUCUCCCUUUCCGAGAAAGGAUGGGAAAGUUAAGAGGAGCUGAAAACCCACAGGGAGACACAGCUGCAACAGGAUCUGAAAGCAGCAGCAUGGUAGCAGAUGGUCCUGACACCCGUCCUUCUAUGAAGCGAUCAGUUGGUGUUAGCAGUCUAAGAACACCUGAACCUGGAUCUACAGAAAGUUAUCCACCAAGAUACCAUGGCCAAAAAGCAGAGUCUGCACGGACCCGUCAGUCUGGUACUCAUUGUCCUAUUAGUUCUCCACAUGGCAUCCGAACACCAGCUAAGGCACCACCUGUCCCUACCAAAUCUCCACGUAGCCCUCAUGGCAGCCCAACAAAACUACCUGCAAAGUCCCCAAGUAAGGCAACAGGCAAACCUUUGAUAUCUCGGCCCUUAAGUGAAGAGGUAAGACCAGGCUCUCGGCAGGCUACUCAUGCAAGUGAAGAAAAACAAAAGGCACAGUCAGCUGGGGCAAGUAAGAAAAAUGCCAUUUGUCCAGAAUAUGCCUGUCCUCGUAACGCAAGCCCACAGGGAACAGAAAGCCUUCCGCUUAGUGCUUUACACUCUGCCAUUGAAGAGAAAGUGAUGAAAGGCAUUAAAGAAAACAUGCUGAGGCUGCAGGAGCAACACCGCACACCACCACCCGACCCUAAACAACGCAACUCAAGUGGUAUCGCAAGUUGGUUUGGCUUGAAAAAGAGUAAACUGCCAGCACUAAGCCGGAGGCCUGAACCUGGCCGCCUGAAAGAGGACAAAAGGGAGAGAACAACAGGAGUAUUGCCUCGCUCAAAGGAAGUUAAAGGGGAAAGCCUAAACAUUUCCAUGCUCAUGGAGAAGGCUGAAGACCUACGUAAGGCUCUGCAGGAGGAGAGAGCUUAUAUAAAUGGCCUUUCCAUUGAGAAAACCCGCUCAGCUGCUUCUGUGGAAUCAACGCAGAAUCCACGACCCCUGACCGCUGAUAACUUCAUGCAGCAGCUGCUGAACCGAGUUGAUGGAAAAGAUCCACCCAACGAUGGCAGGGUUGAAGGCAAGGCACCACUCCGUGAUUUCCCCAGAUUGUCACCUGAGAGUAAAGAGGCCAGACCAUUCCGCCCUCAGAGGAAUGGAAUUGUGACCCAUGUUCAGCGCUCUGAACAGAAAAGCCUUGAGCAGAACAGGGAGGUGGUUCUCCCUCCAGAUGGGAGGAUACCAGAACCUAACCCUUCUCAGCACUUUGCAGCUUGUGACUCUCUUACUCGAACUCUGGAUAGUGGCAUUGGCACCUUUCCUCCGCCUGAUUAUUGUGGGGGUACUCCAACCAAAGGCACCCCAAAAUUAAAGCCCCGGCUAGAAUCGCCCUCUGUUCUCCCCGUGGGAAGGUUUUCUGCUUUCCCUAAAGUGCCAAGGAGAGCAAGGACUUUAGAAAGGGACAUCCGGGGCGUGGAGGAAAUCUUCUCAUCUGGACAGCACCAGAGCGUCCCAGCCUUUCAUGCACUGCUGGCAGAGCCAGAACCACCAAUGGGACACAGAGUGUAUGUAGAAGAUUCUAGCAGGGAGCACAGCCGGCCACAGCAGGGCAAGAACUGGACAUUUCCCAAUGCAAAGGUCAGCACAAACUCCACAGAUGGCUUCCGGUCCAGAAACCAUGACCUUGAGGAGAUUCCUUCAGAAGGGGACCGAGACUGUGAUGUGUCAGGGUACGCACACCCCUCCCUCUGUUUCCCUGGCAGUGUGAGCAGCCGCACUCCAAGUACCUCUGAGGUCGGGGAGGAGGGAACAAGUGAAACCAAAUCUCGAGACAAUGAGCAGUGCCAGACUGGCCUGGAGAACUCGGAAUCUCUGAGUGACUCUCUGUAUGAUAGCUUAUCAUCCUGCGGGAGUCAAGGCUAACCGCUCCCUCCUAUGACCACCAAAUCCUUUACUCAACCAGUCACCCAUAACAACUCUACAGACAUGGGUGGGCAGUAUUGGUUGCUUGUGGGUGCUAUAUGGAGCCCUGGUCCUUUUUCUACGGCAGUGUUUGUUGCUCCUUUAGGAUUACCUUGAUGUCACCAUUCUGAGCUUGAGCAGUAGCAAGUAUUAAGAACCAGCUAAAGACUUGAUAUCUCUAGCCUUACAGGUAAAGUCCCUCAGUCCCGCAAGACAGUUGCCCUUUUCUCUGCCUCACUCUCUCUCUGAGAGUUCUCAAAUUGCUCUGCCUCUGUUUCUUACCCCAUGUUUCAAUAUUGUUGCCCCACCCUUUUUUUUCUUAAACUGGUUCCCCUUUUACUAUGCAUUGAUACCACCAGCGGAUUUGAUGUCAUUCAGAAGAGGAGGACUGGUGAAGGGGAAGUCACGGGUUUCUCUAAUACCUCACAUGUCUGGUUCUCUGCUCAGUCUCCCAGCAUCUCGGGCAGAAUCACAGCAUCCCAUGUCCAGUUCACGUUGCUCUGUGCGUGGGGAAGUGGGGAAGACGGAGAGCUUAAAAUGAGACACUUUUUUUUUCUGCUGCAAAUCUGGAAGUCUCCACAAUAUUAGAAAGCUUUGGCCAGUGUGAUCAGAUGUGACUAUUAUUCGUUCCGCCUUGUUUUAUCUAGUUUCAUCUUGCGCUCCUUGGUUUUAUUGUGUACUAUGUUUAGUUCUUUCCAUUCCUAUGCAUUUGUGUUUACAUUGUAUUUUUUUUUACUUGUCCUUGCUCUAAAUAAGGUGCUAACCAGGAAAAUAUUCCUUGUCAGGUUCUCCCUCUUUCUACUAUUGAAUUUUUUUAUUGUUUUCUUUUUUUUUUUUUUAAAUACAAUGCUUUUGAUUUUAUUUAUAUAAGUUAUUGUGAUUUUUGUUUUCUGCCUCACUUCCUUUUAAGCUCAAAAAUAAAAAAGUGGGCUUUUUGCAGCCAAUCAGAA